AUCCUCUCACUUAGGAGACCGUUCGAUACAUGAUUUAUCUUUCAAAAUCUUACAAUGGGGCCAAUGAUAAAAGAUACUUUAGAUGAAUGAAAUCAUUUUUUGCUUCGUUAAUUUUUGGUUGAGAAGUUUAUUUAAUUUAAAAUCUCGGUGUUUAUUUUUUUAGUUGGUAUUGAUAUUCAAUUUAUAUCGAUUAAUUCUGUAGAUGAUUAACCAGGUCUUACAUAAAUUUUUCAUCAGAUAUCAUGAUAAAUUAAGACGCAAUCACAACGGAUGAACUAAGUAUGAUAGAUUUAUAAGAGUAUGUAUUGAAUGCUCGAGUCUUGAAAAAUCAUGAGAAGACUCCCACAUAAACAAUGAUAAAGUAAAUAACAUUGAAAUAUACGAUCCUACGAAACUUUUUGAUCGGCCGCUAAACUCCAAGUAAGAACCUAUUCGAUAUAUAAUUACUCCCUCUUAACCCUAUCUAAUUUAGUCCCUACAAUCGUGGUAGGGUGCGAGUGGCGGAUUUUUUAUUUUUAUUUUAUUUUUUAUUUUUAAGAAUACAACCUAUGCAAAUUACAGUAGCCAGCCACAUGCGUUCUCCUCAACGCCAUUAUGACGACUGAACGCGCCCACAGCUUUAUCCACCAUGGCAGCACAUGCACGUCUCUUCCUCCAGGACCCACCUCGAUUUUUAUAAUUAUAAUAAAACAAUCUUUGUAUAUUAGUUAAAUCAGGGGGGCUUCUGUCAAAUAAAUUGUGUGUUUUAUUUUUCUGUUUUCCCCCUGAGUAUUUUCGGCAGUUCUAUUGCCGUGAGGUGAAAGGUAUGCCUUCGAAUCCCAGCCCACUCCACUGCUUCAGUCUCGGUCUUACCUCGAUAAGCCAAUGCCUCCCGCCACUAGAUUUCUGCAGUCCAACUCCAGCUUUCUACCGGCGGCCGCGCCGCCGGAGCCUCUCUCCGUGGACUCCGACGUGGUCGUCAUCUUGGCGGCGCUCCUCUGUGCCCUCAUCUGCGUGGUCGGCCUCGCCCUAGUCGCCCGCUGCGCCUGUCUCCGCCGCUCCUCGCCAGGAUUCCCCGCGCCGCCGAGAAAGGGGCUCAAGAAGAAGGCCCUCCAGGCGCUGCCCAAGGUGUCGUACACCGCCGCCGCCGUGGGCGGCAGCCUCGCGGAGUGCCCCAUCUGCCUCGCCGAGUUCGCGGAGGGCGACGAGAUCCGCAUCCUGCCGCACUGCGGCCACGGCUUCCACGUCAGCUGUGUCGACACGUGGCUCGCGGCUCACUCCAACUGCCCCUCCUGCCGCCGUGUGCUCGUGGUCGCCAGCACCGGCUCGGCAGCGACGCCGGUACAUUGUCGAACAUGCGGGGUGAGAUCCGGCGACGGCGCCGACACCUCCACCGCUGCCGUCGAUGUAGCGGCGUCGCAGGAAGCUUCAAGGGCUACAGAGCUAGCCGGCGCUACUAGGUUCCUCCCCUAAACCCUCUUUGCCUCCCUUUCUUGUCACUUGUAAAUAAAUGAAGAUGAUAAUUAGGCUUGAACCAGUGAGUGGAUUAGACUUCUUGUGUUGUAACGUGUUGCCUCAGGGUUGCAUCUACUGCGGAAUUCAAACAAAAGAUUCACCUUGUGAUACCUUUCAUUUGGAUCACUGAUAAUAGAUGAUCAAUCAGUGCUUUUAGUUGAAGAAAGAAAGUAAGGUUGCCACUUUAUUUUAACUUUGAACAAGAAAGGCGAUUCCUUCA